GGUUGUAAUUAUGGUUUCUCUGAUCAAUCUCGUGCUACUUCAUGGAUGUUGUUAUUAGGUUAUUUACCAAUAAAUUCAUCGCAAAGAACCUCAGUUUUACUUCACAAAAGAUCUCAAUAUAGAGAUUUAGUUAAAAAACAUUUACCAGGUCAAGAUAGAAAUCUAACCUUUGUAUUCAAACAAAUUUCAACAGCAUCAGCAUCAGCAUCAUCAAAUAAUAUAAAUAGUAAUAAUAAUUUCAAUAAUAAUGAUGGAGUAUUUUCAAGUUCAUGGGAUGAUAAUAAUAGCUAUUAUCAGCAAUUCAAUCAACACUUUAAGAAUCCAAGUAGUAAGCUUUUUAGUAGUAUGGUAAAUUUAGUAAACAUAAACAAAGCCAAAAACUAUGAAGAGUUGGUACAGCAAGUUCAUGUUGAUGUUAUUAGAACAAGACCCGAUGGCUUUGUGCCAUUAUUCGAAACACCAGAAAUUGAAAAAAUGUUGGAACGUAUUUUAAUGAUUUGGUCCAUUGAAAAUGCAGAUAUCUCAUAUUUCCAAGGUCUCAAUGAUUUAGUAUGUCCACUUUUAUUGGUAUUUUUAGAACACGAGGUCAAUCAAUUAAAUCAUAGUAAUAGUAGUUCUUAUCCAUCCAUCUCUCAACUAUUAGAACAAACCUCAUCACCAGCUUCACCAUAUACACAAUCUACAUCAAACAAAUCUAGCUGGUCAACGAAAUUAGAAAAAUUAUUGGGUGAAGGCUUAAUACUUAAAGAGCUUAAAGAAUGUGGCCAAGCCGAUGUAGUAUUAUCACGUGUUGAGGCCGAUGUCUAUUGGUGUAUUAGUUUAUUAAUGAAUACAGUCAAACACUAUGCUCAAGGUACAGGUUGUGGUUUGCCAGCAGAAGGUAUGAUGAGAAGAUUAGAAGCAUUGGUACGAGAAUCAAAUGGAGAACUAUAUAAACAUUUAAAAACUAACGAUAUUGAUUUCAGUCAUUUCAGCUUCCGUUGGAUGGUUUGUUUCCUCACAAGAGAUUUCGAUUUAGAAACAGGUGUUAAAUUAUGGGAUCAUUAUUUCUGCGAUAGAGAGAAUCAAGGUUUUUCACUAUUACAUAUUUGCUUUUGCUCAUCAUUAUUAAACAAAUGGACACCCGAUCUUUUAACCAAAGACUUUAUGGAAUUGGUUCAGUAUCUUCAAAAACCCCCAUCACUUCAAUGGAACUCUACCAAUUUAGAAUCAAUAUUUAGAUCCUCAUAUUUACUAAAAGAGAAAUAUAAAAACAUUCUCCUUUAAAAAUAAAUAAAUAAUAUAUAUAUAAUGAAAAUUAUAAAUAUAUUUACUUUUUUUUAUUAUUAUAAAAGUAAAAAAAUUUUAUUUUUUAUAAAUUAUAAUAAAAAAAAAAAAACAAAACAAAACCUAUAAAAAAAAAAAAAUUUAAAUUUAUUUUUCCUUUAUAAUAUACAUUCAAUAAAAAAAAUGAAUAAAGGAAUAUUUAAAAUU